GUGUAAGCGGGUGUGUGUUGUCAGGUGACUGGGCCACCGUCACAACACCGCUGACAGCUAGCUUAGCUUAGCUAGCUAGCAGCUACAUCGCCGUCUGACCGUCGGACCACCGACUCAUGGCGGCCGAAAUUCAGCCUCAUCCGCAGGCUCGGACGCCAUGUCUGCUGAGCAAGAUUGAGGCUUUCCAAGAUGUCGUUAGCACCGCGGUCAUCAUCCCCAAGGAGGAUGGAGUCAUCAGCGUGUCGGAGGACAGGACGAUCCGGGUUUGGCUGAAGAGAGACAGUGGUCAGUACUGGCCCAGUGUCUACCACACGCUGACCACGUCGUGCUCCUGCAUGUCCUUUAACCCAGAGACCAGGAGGCUGUCAGUGGGGAUGGACACCGGGUCUAUCUGUGAGUUUAUCCUGUCAGAAGACUACAACAAGAUGACCCCAGCCAGCACCUACCAGGCCCAUCAGGGCAGGGUCACAGUGGUGCUGUUUGUGUUGGAGAUGGAGUGGCUUCUGAGCACCGGUCAGGACAAAAGCUUCAACUGGCACUGCUCAGAGAGCGGCCAGCAGCUGGGGACGCACCGCACCGCCGCCUGGGUGUCCGGCCUCCAGUUUGACGUGGAGACCAGACACGCCUUCGUAGGAGACCAGUCGGGUCAGGUGACCAUCCUGAAGCUGGAGCAGGACAGCUGCAGCCUGGUGACCACCUUCAAGGGCCACACUGGUACACACACACACACAUAUACACAUACACACACACACAUACACACACAGAUACGCACACAGUUGGAGUGUCACAGCCGGCUGUUUUUAACUACUAUGAUCACAUUGUUGGAGCUGAUGGUGCUUGAUACUGUGGCACAUGGACGCUUCAUGCUACAUGCUACGUGCUACGUGUAUUACCUACAGGCCACAGUGUAA